UAAACUUUGUUUACAUACAGUUUCCGUUAUGUUUCCUGUUUGACAAGCUUUACUGGCCUCCUGCUUGUCUGUAUGUGUUAUUAUUUUAUUCUGGAGCCAACAUUUGAUCGGUUCUAACUAUGAGUGCAAUUAUUCCUCGGAUAGAGCAGCUGUCUGCCCGAGUUGUUCGGGUUUUGGGCUGUAAUCCUGGACCGAUGACCCUGCAGGGAACCAACACUUACCUGGUCGGCACUGGGGAAAGACGAGUGCUGAUAGACACCGGGGAGCCUGCUGUACCUGAAUACAUCAGCAGUCUGAAGCAGGCGCUGAGGCAGUUCAACGCCAGCAUCCAGGAGAUCAUCGUCACACACUGGCAUCAUGAUCACACGGGAGGGGUGGAGGACAUCUGCAGGGACAUCACCGGUUCUGAAGUCCGAGUCAGCAAACUGCCUCGCUCCAGCCAGGUCAGGGAGACGGCUGGAAACAAAAGCUUCAUGUACUUAAAAGAUGGAGAUGUGGUCCAGACGGAGGGGGCAACGCUCAAAGUGCUGUUCACCCCGGGCCACACGGACGACCACAUGGCCCUGCUGCUGGAGGAGGAGCAGGCGCUCUUUUCCGGAGACUGCAUCCUGGGCGAAGGCACCGCCGUUUUUGAGGAUCUUUAUGACUACAUGAGAUCCCUGAAGACUCUGCUGGACUCCCAGGCUGAACUCAUCUACCCUGGUCACGGCCCUGUGGUUCAGGAUGCUGGCUCUAAGAUCAGACACUACAUCAGCCACCGGGACCAAAGAGAGCAGCAGAUCCUGACGGCCAUUCAGACCGGAGAAGGAAAGCCUUUCUCCUCAAUGGAGCUCGUUAAGAUCGUCUACAAGGACACCCCUGAAUACCUGCAUCAAGCAGCUAACGUGAACCUGGUCCAUCACUUAAAGAAACUGGAGAAAGAAGGCAAGAUCAGCCUGGUGAAUGAAACCUCACAGAACAUCAAAUGGAAGAGUAACCUGUGACGACCCACAAGACAAGGAUGAAAUGGACUCAAGUUGACCUUUUGGCCAGGAUGAUGGAAAUCCAUCUUUUUCAGUCUAAAGUGAUCACCUCAUCUGUGUAAUGUUUAUCAUUGAAUGCCUUAGAACUGCUGAUUGAUACGUGUUAAUGGAAAAUCAGGGACGGAAGGUGAUCAAACUUGUGGCCUUAGAUGAAGACGAGGCUGCAGCCUUUCU